AUAGCAGCAGACAGACGGCUGUUUCAGUGGUUUGAGGUUUGAGUUUGAGUGGUUCGAGUUCGCGUUAGCGGUCACCAGUGUAUAGGUAUCGAUGACAAGCAGUUCUUACGGUAACAAAACUUGUAAUUGCCAAGUUAAUAAUUUCCUUCUCUCUCCCUUGUUCUUACAAGUAAAUGGCAAUAUAAAAACGAUUGCAACAGGGAAAGUGAUAAUCUGUAAGUGAGCAAGUGCUACAGUUACAAUGACUCUCCCGAGUAAGAUGGACAUAGACGAUAAGCCCCUGAAGGGGGAAGGCUUUAAGCCGUAUUAUAUCACUAAAAUCGAAGAACUGCAGUUGAUCGUAGCCGAGAAGAGUCAGAACCUGAGGAGGUUACAAGCGCAACGUAACGAGCUCAAUGCCAAAGUACGUAUGUUGCGGGAAGAACUGCAACUCUUACAAGAACAAGGCUCAUACGUCGGCGAAGUCGUUAAGCCCAUGGACAAAAAGAAAGUUUUGGUCAAAGUUCAUCCGGAGGGGAAAUUUGUGGUGGACAUAGACAAGAACAUUGAUAUCAACGAUGUUACACCGAAUUCGAGAGUCGCGCUACGCAACGAGAGUUAUACGUUGCAUAAAAUUUUGCCCAACAAGGUCGAUCCCCUUGUCUCUUUGAUGAUGGUGGAGAAAGUACCAGACUCGACGUACGAAAUGGUCGGUGGUUUAGACAAACAAAUUAAAGAGAUCAAGGAAGUAAUCGAACUGCCUGUGAAACAUCCCGAAUUGUUCGACGCUCUUGGAAUCGCACAACCUAAAGGUGUACUUUUGUACGGUCCACCGGGUACGGGGAAAACUCUUUUGGCAAGAGCAGUCGCCCAUCACACCGAGUGUACUUUUAUUCGCGUCUCUGGUUCCGAGCUGGUACAAAAGUUCAUCGGCGAAGGUUCACGAAUGGUCCGCGAAUUGUUCGUAAUGGCGCGGGAACACGCACCUUCCAUAAUAUUCAUGGACGAAAUAGAUUCGAUCGGAAGUUCUCGCAUCGAAUCUGGCUCCGGAGGAGACAGCGAAGUUCAAAGGACCAUGCUCGAGUUGCUUAACCAGCUGGACGGUUUCGAGGCAACGAAGAAUAUAAAAGUUAUAAUGGCGACCAACAGAAUCGACAUAUUGGAUCCGGCAUUGUUGAGACCGGGCCGUAUAGAUCGUAAAAUCGAGUUCCCACCUCCGAACGAGGAAGCGCGACUCGACAUAUUGAAAAUUCAUUCUAGGAAGAUGAAUUUGACUCGCGGCAUAAAUUUAAGGAAGAUUGCCGAGCUGAUGCCUGGCGCGUCCGGUGCAGAAGUGAAGGGUGUGUGCACGGAGGCUGGUAUGUACGCCCUCAGAGAACGUCGCGUCCACGUGACUCAAGAAGAUUUCGAGAUGGCCGUAGCCAAAGUUAUGCAGAAGGAUUCGGAAAAGAAUAUGUCGAUCAAGAAGCUGUGGAAGUGAUCGUCUCCGCCUAGACCUCCUAUAUUCAUUCUCUCUUACCGUUACGCAUUUUUGUAAGAUCGUUCGCAGAAAGAUUCGGUUGAAAUGUACACGGAAUAAACGGAUUGUACGAGUAA